UCAAAUACAGCUUAAGAGACGAGUGUUGCUGUUACUGUUGCUUUGGUUUUUUAUAAACUUGUCACUGCUUAUUUCGAUUCGAUCUGACUUUAGCUAUAAGGUGUUGCUGUUGCUGUUGCUUUAGUUUUUAUAAACUUGUCGCUGCUUCUUUCGAUUCGAUCUGACUUUGGCUAUAAGGGUUACCAUAUACAAAAUUUUUCAAAUUUCAAAAUCGUUUUAAAGUUAUCAUUUCUUGUGAUACAAUCUUGGUUUGACCAUAAGUUUUGCUUUAUUAGAAACAGCUCCUGCUUAUUAUGGAUAAAUGUACACUUUAUUUAUCUCCUACUACUUUUAUUGAGAUAGAAUUCAGCAAUACAUUUGAAGAGUUUGUUUACAAAUUGCUGGUAUUCCUAAAUAUUUCACCAGAGUUCUAUAAAAAUGAUUUUUCAAAAAAGAUUUUUUUUUGCUAUUUUGAUAAAAAUAUAUGGUACCCAAUGACUGAUGAUAAUACUUUUCAAAAUGCUAAAGCAACUUUAAUUUGCAAGAUCAUGAUUCAAGUUUAUAUUAAUGUUUUGGUUUCUACUGAGCCUAACAAAAGAAGUUUUCCUGCUAAAUUUAUUGCUGAACUUUGUUUUAAACCUCAUUUGGGUAUCAACAAGUCAUUUCUGGAAAUACUUAAUAAUUGCAUAAAGUCACAUGCAACAUCAUCUAAAGCUAAUGAAGAUAGUUUUCAACCUUAUUUGGUUGAUAUUAAUAAUCAACUACACGAGUUAAAAACAGCUAAUAUAUUUGAAUACAAAUGUUUUUGUAUUUUGUUAAGAAAGUCAAAAGGUUACUCUCUUUUUACAAUAGAUAAUGUCGAGCUGAAUUUUACCUGGGCUUCAGGCCUUAAUGAAAAAGAAACAAGGUAUUUUGAUAUUUGGAAUGGUAAAAGCACCUCUGACCAAUUGACCAAAAAUAUUAAAGAAUGUGAAGAAAUCGAUGAUUUUGAAAAAAAAGUUGACGUCACAAUGACAAGCCUAAAUUACUUAAGAAGGUUACUAGAACCAGAAAAUUGUUAUUGCGAGUCAACUAGACGAUUGAUUUUAAACAUAAUUCUUCUGUCAGCUCUACAGUGCAAUGAACCGAUACACUUUUCUGUAAACACUGAAUUCAAACUAAAUGAUGAUAGUCAUAACUUUUUAUGAGUUGGAAAUGGUCCCUUUGAUUAUUUUGUUAUUGGAAAAAAACAAGCGUUUAUUGCAUUAGUUCUUGAUAAGCUAGUUGAAAGUUCAGAUUUGUCCAAUCAAAAUGAGGACAAAAUACUUCCAGCACCUACAGUAAUUGAAGCUAAAACUGAUAUUGAAGUUUGUGAGUUACCAAAAGCGCUUGGCCAAUUAGUAGCCCAAAUGAUAGACACGUUGAACAUCGUCUCAUCUAGAAAAAGAUCUCAUGACACGAUGUUGUGUGGAUCCAGCCUUGCUCUGGAAAUGGUCAAGGGGAUGCUCUCUACAGGACAUCAUAACAUGUUUUUCUCUUUGACUCAAGGAAAUAGUUCUGAAUCAAAACCAGUUUUUAAUUACUAUGGAAAACAUUCCAUAAACAUUUUAAAAAGAAAACCAGGAGGAAACAGUGGAUUAGAACAAUUUGAGGAAAUAAAAAAAUCAGAGAUCGACCAUAUAUUACGUGCAAUAUUUUGCUUUGUAACACAUGAAUAUUAAUUUCAAAUAAAGUUACAUAUAUAUUUUUUUUCAAAAACUUUUUACAAUUUCUUAGAGUAGCCAUAAAUGUUUUUUAUAUUUACUUUAAUUAAAA